CUUGGUUCCUACUAUUUCUGCUUAAUAUAUGGAUUAUUUUUAUUCUCUUUUUCUUUUGGUUGAAUUUUUUCUGUUCUAGUUGUACUAUUGUCAAUGAUUUUCCUUCAAACUUGGAUAAAGUUGUCUCUUUUAGUUUGAGCUAAGUUUUACUCUUGGAUCAAGCUCUUUUUUUUUUCUUUUGCAUCCCCUUGAUUUCACUUUGAUUCUAGUUUCUUGCUAUAUUCUGUGACCCUUUUGCCCAAAGUUCCAGUCUUUGAUUUGCUAAAAAGCAAAGUAUGGUUCUUGUACGGAUACCCCAUUUGAGGUUCUUUCUGUUUCUGCUUCUUCAUAUUCACUGCAUCAGCUGCUACAACACCACAACAACACCAUUGGGUUGUACGGACACAGGCCGUGUCUGCACCUCUUUCUUGGCCUUUAAGCCUCAACAGAACCAAAGCUUAGCUGUGAUUCAAAGCAUGUUUGAUGUGUUACCCGGUGACAUCACUGUUGAGGAUAGUGGUUGGGACUAUGUGUUCAUAAGGAAGAACUGUUCUUGUGCCUAUGGCCUCAGGAAGUAUGUGUCUAACACCACUUUUACUGUGAAAUCCAAUCAAGGGUAUGUGUAUGAUUUGGUUAUGGAUGCUUAUGAUGGUCUUGCUUUGCCUCCAAACACAACAAGGAGGGCUAAGAAUGGUGCUGUUGUGUCUUUGAGGUUGUUCUGUGGCUGCUCUAGUGGCUUGUGGAACUAUCUGAUGAGUUAUGUUAUGAGAGAUGGUGACAGUGUUGAAUCAUUGGCAAGUAGAUUUGGGGUUAGUAUGGAUAACAUUGAGAGUGUGAAUGGCAUUGGUAAUCCUGAUAAUGUCACGGUUGGUUCGGUUUAUUAUAUACCUCUUGAUUCAGCUCCGGGUGAUCCUUAUCCCAUUAACAAUACUGCUCCUCCAGCUCCUGUUCCCGCCCCAUCUGUUGAGAAUAUCUCAGGUGAUCAAGUCGGUCGUAAGGCUCAUGUACCUUACGGAUGGAUCAUUGGGGGUUCAGGGGUUGGUCUUUUUAUGGUGUUAUUAGGCAUAGUUCUCUGUGUUUCUCUGAAGUCAUCAAAUUGUCGCUCUGAAGCCAGAAGUAAUGAAAAAGAUGCUGAGGGGAAGAUAUCUCAUAAGUUCCAUAUUCUUAGAAAUCCAAGUUUUUUCUGUGGUUCUGGGAGGUAUAUAUGUGGCAAAACUGUAGAACAGAAGCAAACUGAUGCCGAAUCCAGUAAUCACACGAUUACCGUUCCCAAAGUUUCAACUCUUGGCCCUGAUGUGUUUGACAUGGAUAAGCCUGUAGUUUUUACAUAUGAAGAGAUUUUCGCCACAACUGACUGUUUCUCUGAUUCAAAUCUACUUGGUCAUGGUACCUAUGGUUCUGUUUACUAUAGCCUUCUUCGGGAUCAGGAAGUUGCUAUCAAAAGAAUGACUGCUAUGAAAACAAAAGAAUUCAUGUCAGAGAUGAAAGUUCUAUGCAAGGUCCAUCAUGCUAAUCUGGUAGAAUUGAUCGGCUAUGCAGCUAGUCAGGAUGAGCUUUUCCUUGUUUAUGAAUAUGCUCAAAAGGGUUCACUUAGAAGUCAUUUGCAUGAUCCUCAAAAUAAGGGUCAUUCCCCACUUUCUUGGAUCAUGAGGGUCCAAAUUGCUCUUGAUGCCGCUCGGGGACUUGAAUAUAUACAUGAACACACUAAGACUCAUUAUGUCCACCGGGACAUCAAGACGAGCAACAUUUUGCUCGAUGCUUCCUUUAGAGCAAAGAUUUCGGAUUUCGGGUUAGCAAAACUUGUUGGAAAAACAAAUGAUGGUGAAGUUUCAACAACCAAAGUUGUUGGUACUUAUGGAUAUCUUGCACCAGAAUACUUGAGUGAUGGCCUUGCAACAACAAAGAGUGAUGUCUAUGCAUUUGGUGUUGUCCUUUUCGAGAUCAUAUCGGGCAGGGAGGCCAUUAUUCGAACAGAAGGAACGAUGUCCAAAAAUCCAGAUAGGCGUUCACUGGCUUCUGUGAUGUUGGCAGUCCUUAGGAACUCGCCGGAUUCCGUGAGCAUGUCAAACAUGAGAGAUUAUAUUGACCCAAAUAUGAUGGAUCUGUAUCCCCAUGAUUGUGUAUUUAAGAUGGCCAUGCUGGCGAAGCAAUGCGUGGACGACGAUCCGGUCUUACGGCCGGACAUGAAACAAGUUGUGAUAUCUCUCUCACAGAUUCUUCUUUCUUCAAUUGAAUGGGAAGCAACUCUGGCAGGGAAUAGCCAAGUAUUUAGUGGCCUUGUUCAGGGAAGAUAGAUAGUUUACACACUCAACAUAUCUCACUCUUUCACUCACCAUUUCAACAGGAUUUCUGUUUUUUUUUAAUCUUUAUCCUGCCCUAUACUCCUUAUUUUGUUUUAUUUUAUUUUAUAUAUUUUUGGUUGAUAAUUAUGUGUCCAUAGUAGAUACCUACCUGUGAUUAUGGACCUAUAGUGGGUCAAUAUCUUAUUUUUGGCCAUUUAUUUUUCAUGAAUGUCUUAGCUUAAGCUAUAUACAAUUAUACAUAUAUAUCAUGGUUUCCAAUAUUUAGAAAAUUUUGGAUGUAACUAAGGAUAUAUUAUGAUGAUGAUGUUAAGGAAGGAAAAUAUUAAUCUUGGGUUUGUAAUGAUACUGGAUGUUGUAAUUUGACAUUAA